AUGCGAGUUAGCGUCGGAUACGUCAACAAAGUCGUACAGUUUUACGAAAACAACAACUCAUCGCUGGCUGCGCCACGGACAACACCGGUGCGAAAUAAAAUGUCAGGUGAUGUUGUUGAAUAUUUGGAGUCUGAGAAAUUAUGCAAACCUAGUAUGUAUACUAGUGAACUUCAACAGCGUUUGUUACUAGAUGGAGUUUCUCCUCCUGGUCAAUUACCAUCCACCUCUGCAAUAAAAAAGUGCAUUCGGGAAGACUGCAGAAUGACAAAGAAAAAGGUUUCCCAAGUGCCUAAAGAAUCAUUGUCAGAAGAACAUACUGAAUACACCGAUUUUUAUCUUGAUCAAAUUGCACAUCACGACUAUACAAAACUUCAUUUUUUUGACGAAUGUAGUGUAAUUGUAAAUUCGGGAAAUCGCGUGUAUGGCAAUUCCUACAUUGGCAAACCAGCGAUUGAAAUUCAGCAAUACGCAUCGAACGCUAAUUAUACACUCAACUUGCUUCACUCUGCAAACGGAGUGGAUUACUUUGAUGUUUUGAGAGGCCCAUCUAAUGGCAUGGAGCUUCUGAAUUUCUUCAAUGAAGCUCUGUCAAUAAAUAGGGUAGAUGGUUCGACAAUUCUGGAGAAUGGUGACGUAGUUAUAAUGGACAACGGCGGGUUCCAUCACGGACAUUUUACAGAAGCAGUAUUACGUGACAUUCUUAAUGAACAUGGUGUUCACCUGCUUUUCCAGCCCGCUUACUCUCCCCAUCUAAACACUUGCGAGUUUUGCUUUCACCCAGUAAAGUGCUAUCUGAAACAAAAUUCAUCUUUAACGGCUGAUGAAACUGAAAUAGUGAUAGGCGAAGCUGUGUCAAAGACAAGCCCAGCAAAUUCUAUCGCAUACUUUCGAAAAUGCGGCUACGUCUGA